AGUGAAUAAAAUGAAUGUCGAUAAAGUGAAUAAAAUAUAUAUCGAGUGUGAAGGCUUUGGUUUUCGAAUUGAAAAACAGCCAUCGGUUACAAGAAUUUACCUAAAAAAUGAAAUUAUUGAAUAUUUAUGUAGAUAUGAAACUGAAACUGAAUUUAACAAAUAUUUAGAGCCAGAUAGAGGUAGAAAUUGUUUUCAAUUAACAAAAGCUACUACGAAAUGUGAAAUUAUCGAUAGAAAUAGUGGAACUACUCUUGUUAAAAUUAAUUUAACUUAA